CUCUCUCUCUCUCUCUCUCUCUCUCUCUCUUAGGAAACACUGGCCUCUCCUCUUUCUUUCCACACUUUCUGUUGCACUGUGAAACAGUUUUCCUGCACACAUGGCAACUAAGUACUCAGAUUUGGAGCUGGCCAUCAACACGCUGGUGACAGAGUUCCACAAAGCAGCAGACAACAGCAACACCAUCAACACCACGCAGUUCGAGACCAUGUUGCCCAAACAGCUGCCACUGUUAUCCAAGACGGUGGCGGAGUGCGAGGGUGGCGUCCAGCAGCUGCUGCAGACGAUGGGCGUUGAGAGAGGACAGAGCAUCUCCUUUGAGAACUUCUGGAUUCUCAUCAACCAAGAGGCCAUCCGGGUGUUUGGGGUCAUGUCAAAAGAAAAAACCACCAAGUGCAACUGUGUGCUGUUUUAACUCCACCUCCAAACAUGCCUCUAACCCCGCCUCCAAAUGUGGUGCUGAUGCAGCUUGUGUAUCAGAGUUGAGUCUAAAUAAUUUUAAAGUAUUUGAUUACAAUUACUUUUGUAAUUACUUUUCUGUUUUAGGCCAUUUAUAUGGUGAACAACAGCAGAUAUUAUACAGAAGAGCUCUUCAGCACGUUUGUUUCAGCAACAAGCAAAUUAAUUCAAUUAAGAAUCCAUGGAUUCAGUUAAUGUUCAUGUUCACAUUAAUGAGUUGUUCAGCGCUGACAGCAACAGACAGUCAGUUGUCAGACGGGUGUGUCUGUACAACAGUCAGUUGUCAGACGGGUGUGUCUGUACAACAGACAGUCAGUUGUCAGACGGGUGUGUCUGUACAACAGACAGUCAGUUGUCAGACGGGUGUGUCAGUACAACAGACAGUCAGUUGUCAGACGGGUGUGUCUGUACAACAGACAGUCAGUUGUCAGACGGGUGUGUCUGUACAACAGUCAGUUGUCAGACGGGUGUGUCUGUACAACAGUCAGUUGUCAGACGGGUGUGUCUGUACAACAGACAGUCAGUUGUCAGACGGGUGUGUCAGUACAACAGACAGUCAGUUGUCAGACGGGUGUGUCUGUACAACAGUCAGUUGUCAGACGGGUGUGUCUGUACAACAGUCAGUUGUCAGACGGGUGUGUCUGUACAACAGACAGUCAGUUGUCAGACGGGUGUGUCAGUACAACAGACAGUCAGUUGUCAGACGGGUGUGUCAGUACAACAGACAGUCAGUUGUCAGACGGGUGUGUCUGUACAACAGUCAGUUGUCAGACGGGUGUGUCAGUACAACAGUCAGUUGUCAGACGGGUGUGUCAGUACAACAGACAGUCAGUUGUCAGACGGGUGUGUCAAUACAACAGUCAGUUGUCAGACGGGUGUGUCUGUACAACAGACAGUCAGUUGUCAGACGUGUGUGUCAGUACAACAGACAGUCAGUUGUCAGACGGGUGUCUGUACAACAGUCAGUUGUCAGACGGGUGUCUGUACAACAGUCAGUUGUCAGACGGGUGUGUCAGUACAACAGACAGUCAGUUGUCAGACGGGUGUGUCAGUACAACAGUCAGUUGUCAGACGGGUGUGUCAGUACAACAGACAGUUGUCAGACGGGUGUGUCAGUACAACAGUCAGUUGUCAGACGGGUGUGUCUGUACAACAGUCAGUUGUCAGACGGGUGUGUCAGUACAACAGACAGUCAGUUGUCAGACAGGGGGUGUCUGUAUAACAGUCAGUUGUCAGACGGGUGUGUCAGUACAACAGUCAGUUGUCAGACGGGUGUGUCAGUACAACAGACAGUCAGUUGUCAGACGGGUGUGUCAGUACAACAGUCAGUCAGUUGUCAGACAGGUGUGUCAGUACAACAGACAGUCAGUUGUCAGACGGGUGUGUCAGUACAACAGACAGUCAGUUGUCAGACGGGUGUGUCAGUACAACAGUCAGUCAGUUGUCAGACAGGUGUGUCAGUACAACAGACAGUCAGUUGUCAGACGGGUGUGUCAGUACAACACUGAAAGCUUGAUGGAAAUAGUCAUUCAGCAAAUAUACCAAACGUAUGUGAAAAGUCAGUUUUAACAGUAACUUUUCAAAAGCCAUCAAUGACAAUUACUUUCCAGAACUUCAAAGAGUAAUUGAAAAAGUAAUUGUUAUUACAAAUACCUCAAAUAGAAUUACUUUUGGACCCAACUCUGAUGUCACUAAAGAGAUGAACAGAGAAAUAACUGUGAAGAAUCUGAAACAAUAAUUCCUCUCUUUCUACUGUUUUGCUUUUAAAGGUAGUUUAGUUUAGUUAGAGGUAAUUUAGUUUAGCUAGUGGUAGUUUAGUUUAGUUAGUGACAGUUUAGCUUUUAGUGGUAGUUUGGCCUGUUAGUGGUAAAUGAACCACAUUUAUGUAGCAUUUUCCCAUCUGAAUUAGAAGCUCAAAGCGCUUUACACUGAUGCCUCACAUGUUGAAUCCUGCGUGACAUAAAUCCUAACUUGGGGUUUGAAUGAGCCUGUUCCGGUUUACCCCGAGCUGUCUGUCCCCAAACACCGAGUAUGAAUUUGUUCAGUCAAGCAGAGCUGUUCACGGCAGAUCGAUAAAGACAUCAUCAACAUCACGGCUUGUCAUCAAAAUAUAAAAUUAUCAGUAGAUUAUCUCAUACUAUGAAUGUUUUAAAUGAUACAUGUUUUAGGUGAAACCGUCACAGGUGAUACAUUUUGUAAAUGAGACGUAAUCCUGCAGACGGACGUGGGUCCAGGACACAGUGAAAUAUAAGAAGACUGAUUUCUUUGCCACGUCAGCAUCAUGAGCAGGUUGACUGAAUCACUGAUACCAAUAAUUCCAGACAUCACUGCAGAGUUAAACACAGUCAUUCUUAAAGGCAACACAGGGGUAGAAAACUGGUGGGGGGCCCCCUGCCGCCCCCUUCACUCCUUUGGAGGUGCCCCGCCCCCUUCACGGGGACUUGGUCUUAAUGUCUCAUGUUCUAAUGACGUAUUUCCACUUCUGUGAAGGCUGCUUAAACUCUGUGAAGACAAAAAUCUUUUCCUGCUUCAGUCUGGUUUUAAUUUGACUUUUCAUUGUUUUUCUUCUCUUUUCUUGAAGCUGCAGUUUAAUGUUUUAUUUUCUGUGUGAAUAAAUUUGUCACUUUUGAUAGAAGUUGUUUUUUCCUGACCUAAUCACGACGUUGGCUGCACGGUGAUGUCACAGCCAAACGUUUGAAAUGCAAAUGAAAGACUCAGCAGAACUUUAAUCAAACAGUUCAAACUAAACCAACUAAAUAAG